ACCAGGGCAGGAAAAAGAAGAGAUUUUCCCGUCACGGAGGCAGAAACCGCUCCUGUAGCGGACUUCCUACAUUUAUCCCACCAAAGCGUUUAAUAAAGGCCACGUCGGUCCGCGCCGGUGCUCGGCAGCAUGCACGCCGCCGCGCCCGUCCUGCUGAGCGCGGCCCCGCCUCACGGUCACGUCAUCUGCAGCGAGAAAUGGAGAAACUCGCCGCUCGUUCAGAGCCUGAAAGGUGGAGGUGUGCAGAUCAUCUUUGAGAAUGAGCUCAGAGUGGCAGAUUUCCUCCUGCCCAACAAAACCAGUGUCCUCUACGUCUCUGAGUGUGACAUCAUCGCAGGAAGCAGCUACAAGAGGAAGCUGGUUCGAUACAGGAAUGCUGGAAGCAGCUUCCAGGAGGUGGUGUUGGUGGAGAAGACCAGACUCAGCGAGCAGUACUUCCCCGCUGUGCAGAGGUUUGUGGUGUUUGACCUCGGCCUGUCUCUGCUGCCCGUCGGCGAACAGACCGACGCCUCGCAGCUCAUCGCUCAGAUGGUCCACGGGGAGGGGAGGGAGAACCCCUUCAGGAGGAGGAGCUCCUGCCGGCUGUUGGACCCUCUGGUCCCGGCUCUGGUUCAGCAGAUCCCCGGGGUGGGCAAGGUCAAAGCUCUGGUCCUGCUGCGACACUUCUCCAGCGUCCAGCAGCUCUGCAACGCCUCUCCUGCCGAGCUGGAGUCCAUCGUGGGCCAGGCCAGCGCUCAGCAGAUCCACAGCUUCUUCCACAAACAGACUGCCGGGACCUGAACGGCUCAGUUUAGAUCACAGUGACCAAAAACAGGCGUCGGUGCUCCGACCACAGUGAGAGACCGCAGUCCUGUUUCAGAGACCUACAAAGUCUGCAUGAGGCGGCUGGAAGAGUCCUGGUUUUUUUUUAGUUUUCAUUCCAUUUUUACUCACUUGCAGUCGCUGGUUAGGUUGGGACACUAAACACUACGUGGUCAGGAUGAAUUAGAGGUUUGGGGGAAAAUAACCCUUCACAGCUAUGAUCCUGAUCCAGCUCACUAAUACAAAGAACUUGGUGGAUCAGGGUUGAGUGAAGGCGUAAAACGGGAUUAUUUGACACCCUGAGAAUGAGAGGGAUCUCCAUCAACAGGCCCUGGAUGAUCCAGCAUCAUCACUCCUGAUAAGAGCUGGGACUUGAUGACCUGCACACCAAACAGCACUUCUCAGUGGCAGACUCCAGUGUCCAAGCCCAAAGGUGGUGUGUGCUGAGAGGUCUGAGGGAGACUGUUUCCUGCAAACUGCCUGAUUUGUGGCAACUCUGCUCCAUGGUCGUGCUGCCCUGUGAGUUUUUGUCAGGCUGGGCUGACUGCAACUUCCCCAAAGUAAAGAGCUCUUUACUUAUAGUUAAAAAUGUGUUCACGAAAAUUCAAAAAUGACCAACACGUUUAUGUAUCAGAGGUGAAGGUUGUGAAGUUUACAGCACGUCCUUCAGUGUAACCAGGAAGCGUCGGAGGCGGCGUUAGCCUGGUGUGAUUUUCAGCACAGGGAGCACAUGCAAACUGUCACUGGCCAAUGAGCCGAGUAUGAACUCACUGACUCGGUCCACAUGCUGGUUUUACUGUGAUUUAUUUUGAGCUGAGUGGAUGGUGUUGUUGGAAAGGACAGACUCAGAAAUCAGUUUGCCUCCCGAGCACAGAGCAGUCUCCAGACUUUGACUGUAACUUUGUGUCUGGGAAAAUUUAAUAAAAGCAUAAAAUUUUUACCUUUUUUUUCUUUUCUUUUUUUUUUUUGCUUGAAAAAUACCUGGAAUCACUCUAUUAUGAAGUGAGCUGCAGAUUAUUUCUCUAUGUGUAACAGAUCAGCUCCUUUCAGCCUCAGGAUGCUAAUAAAGGUGUAGAUUACCUGUUCGCAGGGGUGUGUCUUACCGGAAGUAUCGCUAGGUUAGGUCAUAUUCUCAAUGCAAUCUUUACUUUAUGAAAUGGGCAUACUCACGUACAUUAAUGUUU